AUGGCAGAUGGGGUGCAGGCCAGCCCCAAAGGGUUCAGGAAGAAGGUGCUGGUUAGAUGGUCCUCUGGGUGGAAGGACCCAAGCCUUGGGGCCUCUUCUCCAUUAAGACACUCCAGGUCCAGCGUGGGUGUGAAGAAGUUCUUGGCCAUCGCCAUCCUGGCCAGCAGUGUUCUGUCUACUGCCCAUGGCAGCCUGUUCAACCUCAAGUCCAUGGUGGAGGCCAUCACGGGCAGAGGUGCCAUCCUGUCCUUCGUGGGCUACGGCUGCUACUGUGGGCUGGGGGGACGCGGCCAGCCCAAGGAUGAAGUGGACUGGUGCUGUCAUGCCCACGACUGCUGCUACCAGAAGCUCUUUGACCAGGGCUGCCGCCCCUAUGUGGACCACUAUGACUAUGUGAUCGAGAAUGACACUGUGAUUGUCUGCAGUGAGCUCAACAAGACAGAGUGUGAUAAGCAGACAUGCGAGUGUGACAAAAGCGUGGCUCUGUGCCUCAAGAACCGGGUAUACAGGGAGGAGUACCGUGGCUACCUCAACAUCUACUGCAAGGGCCCCAUGCCCAACUGUAGCAUCUAUGACCCACCCCCAGAGGAGGUCACCUGUGGAUAUGGCUCCUCAGCAGCUCCUGCCCUGCCCCAGCACCUCUGA